GGGAAAAUUCUUCCAAGAUGGUCGACAAAAAGGAGUCAGCAAAUUUGCCCUGGGUUGAGAAAUAUAGACCAAACAAUCUCAAUGAACUUAUCUCUCACAAAGAUAUUAUAAAAACAAUUCAAAAGUUCAUAGAAGAAGAUAGACUUCCACAUCUUCUGUUCUAUGGUCCUCCUGGUACUGGGAAAACAUCAACAAUUCUUGCAAUUGCCAAACAACUUUAUACAAAGAAAGAAUUUGGAUCUAUGGUUCUGGAGUUAAAUGCUUCAGAUGACAGAGGAAUAGGCAUUGUUAGAGGAUCCAUUCUCAGUUUUGCAAGCACAAGGACAAUUUUCAAGUCUGGAUUCAAGAUGGUUAUAUUGGAUGAAGCGGAUGAAAUGACAACUGAUGCUCAAAAUGCAUUGAGGAGAGUAAUGGAGAAAUUCACCGAAAACACAAGAUUUUGUCUCAUCUGUAACUACCUCAGCAAGAUUAUUCCAGCAUUACAAUCCCGAUGCACAAGAUUCAGAUUUGGUCCACUUGAUACAGAACAAAUGAGUUUGAGACUUGAUCAUGUCAUCCAAAAUGAAAGCAUCAACAUUGAUGCUGAUGGGAAGAAAAGUUUGGUAAGGCUAUCUGGUGGUGAUAUGAGAAAAGCUUUGAAUAUACUACAGAGUACUUCACUGGCAUUUGACAAAGUAAAUGAAGAGAAUAUCUACACAUGUACGGGCAAACCGCAGAGAAAUGAUGUGGCUAAUAUGGUCAACUGGUUGUUGAACGAAGAUUACAAAACAGCAUAUCAUAAUAUCAUGGAAUUAAAAACAAUGAAAGGCCUGGCCUUGGAUGACAUACUUGCCGAGGUUCAUACUUAUGUACAUAGAGUGGAGUUCCCAGCAAGUGUGAGAAUGCAUUUAUUGGAUAAAAUGGCAGAUAUUGAGCACAGACUGGCAUCAGGAACAUCGGAAAAAGUGCAGCUCGGGUCUUUACUGGCAGCUUUCCAAGUUGCAAGAGAUAUGGUCACAAAACAAAUGGACGAAGAAGAGAGUGGAUGAUAUACAACUGUGAAUUAAAUUCAGUUUCAAAGAACAUUUCAUUUCACAUUGUAUUAUGGAACUGAUAUGAGAGCCACUUUAAGCAAAAUGAAUCACCUGGUACCAGUCAUGGUGGUGGUCAACAAACAGCUGGCUUAGAAUCAUAGAGUAUAACUCAGUUACCUUAUGCUAGGAGCAAAAUGUGGUUUGUCAUAGACUCUCAAGCUCAUACCUAACAAUAUGGUGUCUACUAUUAGAAACAACCAACAUAUUACAUUAUACACUCUACAUCACUACAAAUUUAGAUAAAUAAAGAAAUCUCUCUGUUAAAAUGACAAGUUGUAUACAAGAAAGU